CCCACACCUCCCAGCAAUUGAACUUGAAAACACCUGGUUAAAACCACUUCCUAUCUGAGACUAGAGAAGAGAAUGUCAGGCACGAUUUCCUGGCUGAACAAAUCAGCCUAACGCUUAUAGAGAGCCACUCCUCACUGUCACAGAGACUGGAUGGACCAGCAAGGAUGACAACCCUAAUGGAUUGAUCCUUUCAUCUUCCAUCCUCCCAGCACGAUGCUAACAAGAGGCUGACUGGAAACCCAGAAUUCUUCAGAGAAAGAUCUUCUCUUCACUGUCCCCAAGUAGGCAGUUUAUCCUAGGUGCCAAGAUGAAGUCAAGCUUGCUGAUGUGGAGAUUCUUCACAUUCAUCAUGGUAACUGACUGCGUGACAGAGUUUUGUUAUCCCAGCCCACCAAAUCUCAGACACGCCACAUUCGAAGCCAUCACUUACGAAAUGGGCACCUUGAUAAACUGUGACUGCAAGACAGGAUUCCGCAGAAGCAGCGAGACGAUCUUCAUGAACUGUACAGGACACGCGGGCCACUCUGCUUGGGAAAACCAAUGUCAGUGCAAAAUGAAUUCCCUCAGGAACACACAAAAACAAGCUACUCCUAAACCUGAAGAACAGAAGGAAAGAAAAGCCACAGAAAUGCAAAGCCAAACACAGCCCACAGACCAAGUUAACCUAGGUCAUUGCAAGGAGCCUCCACCAUGGGAACAUGAAGCUUCAAAGAGAAUUUAUCAUUUCGUGGUGGGCCAGACAGUUCACUAUAAGUGCGCCCAGGGAUUCAGGGCCGAACAGAAAGGUCCUGCCACAAGCACCUGCAAAAUGAUCUGUGGGAAGACGAGAUGGACACAGCCCCAGCUCAAGUGCACAAGUGAGAGUGAGAAUGAUCAGUUUCUAGGUGAUGAAGAGUUUCCAGCAAUCACAGACAUUCCUUCUGGGAGUGAAGCUUCCUGUCCCUUCACCACGACAAGUUUUACUAGAGAUUUUCAGAAACCUACAGAAGUGUCUACAGCCACAGAGAUGUUCAUAUUUACCACUGAGUAUCAGAUAGCAGUGGCCGGCUGCAUUCUCCUGCUGAUCAGUAUUUUCCUUCUGAGUGUGCUCACCUGGCAGCGGAGACGGAGGAAGAGUAGAAGAACACUCUAGAAAGCUAGAGUGGUAAGAAGCUGAGAACAGCCCACAGCAGUCAUGAAGCACAAGAGAAAUCAAAGAAGUUAAACACUCACCUAAGCUGCAUCUCCUGUGAUAACCGUGGGUUUUUAAAAGCUCUGAAGUCACAUCACAGAACAACAGGCAACUGCAACCCCAUAACGAAGCCAGCUCUGGAGUAUCAAUGAGUGAGUUCAACCUGCUUCUAAGUACAUCAUUGGAGGCACAGCAAGAAACAACUAGAACUCUCGCUCUAUUUUCAUGUAUAUGUAAAGCUUGAUGGGCCAGGAACUCUCUCCACACCCUAAAUAGUAUAAAGAAAAUAGCUUAAUGUUAAUUUCAUCCCAACUGCCCAGUUUAGACAUCCCAAGGAAAAACCCAGUGCUAACGUAAAUAGAGAUACACACACUCUCUAGCCUACAUAAUAGAGGAUCUUGUCUCCUAAUCCACAUAGUUCCUUUCCCAGCCUCUGAAUGGCUAGUCCAUUCUCCUGUCACAUUCCUUAAUGAAUGUCCUCUAAGAACUCUGGACUGGUAACUUGAACACAUCUUUUUGUCCUUAGGUCAGUCCUCUAAACUAGCCCUACUCCACUGAACCUUCAAUUUUGAAUAUCAAAAGAGCAGAGACUGGCAGAAUUAUCUUUGGGUAACACCAAAAUGGGGCAGUUGAGCCGUUGGAAUUGUAGAACUUCAAUAUUUGAAAGGAUUUUACUAGAGUUCAUGUUGGAUCAGAAGAAUAAACUAGGUCCAAGAUAAUGAAUUAUACCUCCUAUUAAAAAGUGCCACCUAUUCAUUACUAAUAUGUUUCUUUAAGAGUUAGUUUCUUUGAGCAUGCUGUAAAUGACACUCUGAAUCUGUCCUGCAAGAAUUAGAUGUUUGUAAACAGACAUAUUAUGUGCAAAUGUGUACACUUUCAAAUAAGUGUCAUAAAACACCAGUAAGAGAUCAAUGUUUAUGGAAAGAACAAAGAAAAAAGGGAUGAGUGGGGAAGGAGAUCACACUGAUAGGAUGCAACUAUGGAAAAGGUCAUACCAGUAGUCCUCAAACUGUUAGCAAAUCAGAAUCACAUGGAGGCCUUGUUAAAACACAGAUGGCUGGGUCCAUUUCCAGAGUUUCAGAGUCAACAGGUCUGGGUUGGGUCUGAAAAUUUACAUUUCUAACAAAUUCCAGAUGAUGCUGGUGACUAUUCCAGGUACCACACUUUGAGAACCAUUGGGUUAUAUCUCUCCAUGCCCACUGAUCCCCAAUGCCUACUGAAAAAUCAGCUUCAGGUGCUGGGAUUUCAGUGAAAGUUCUUAUACAGCCUUUAGUGUAAGAGCUCAAUCUUAAAAUCAGUUGACUCAGAUGUCACAGUUAGACAAAAUCACAUGACCAAAGCAAUUAAUGAAAAAUUUAAACCUGCAUCCAGUUUUCAUUUUGGAAAGGGCAGGAAAGUGUUAUGAAAAAUAUAGGAAGGUGCCAGCAGGUCCAUAUUCAGAUUAAAGAAACAUUUUCUGUUUUUUCUGUGACCAACCAAGUACCAUACAGAUUCCAUUGUCAAUAUCCCCCCAUCACUGCCCCAAAUUUGUGUUUUCUAGUUAAACUAAAGUUGAGAGGAAUCUCAGACCAUAAUUUUUAUUUUAUUUUAUUAUAUUACUUGAGUAACUUUGAAUUGAAUUAUCAUUACUCAUUUUGGGGGAGGGAGUUCUGUGAGAUCAAAAUUUUUUCAUAAUAAUUAAGAUGUUUAUUUACUUUUUUUACUCUAAUUCUCUUACAAGUGUAUGGGGGAGUUUUCUAGAAACUACGUGAUAUGUGAUCAUGUCAUCAUUCUGAUGUUAACAUGCAAUGAGUUUAU